AUGGGAGGUUCUGAAAGUAAAAAUGAUUAUGUGAAUGAUAUAACCUGCUUUACAGAUGAAGAAAAAGAUAGAAUACAUGGGAUAUUUGCUAAUAUAUCCUCGCACGACCAUAAAAUCGAUAAAAACCUACUGCAGGUAUUUUGUGAACAUUCAUUCGAGGGAGAAUUGAUAGAAUAUUUCUAUGAUUGGAUGCAAUCAUUGACCAAUAAUAAGAACCAUACGUUAACAUAUGCUCAGUUUCUAAGAUGCAUGUCUAUAGCUUUGAGAGGGAAUGUGACAGAGAAAAGUCAACUGAUUGUUUUUAUUUCUUCAAAAGGUAGAAAAUGUACAACUGGAGAAGAAAUUGUGCAGUUUGUGAAAGAUGUAAUCAAAUCUUUUUUAAAAACAAUAACUCAAAGUAUAGAAGUAAAGUCCUGGAAUCUAGAGUCGACUGAAGAAUCUAUUUAUAGAUUGGCUGUCUACAUGUUAGAUGAUUUAUUUUUUACGGGUAAAGAGAAAGAUAGAGGAAUGACAGUACCUGUUAUACCAACUAUUAGUUAUACAGAAGAAGAUAUAGAUCAAUGGUUAUCAAAAUCUUAUUUGUUUUUACAUGUUAUAGAUCGUGUAUUAAAUCAUUGUUUUACUAUCUAUUCUGAGGAAGAAAUGAGAUCAAGGAAUGUAAAACCAAGAAUACCACUGAUUAAAAAUAUUAACUGGACUAAACUCAAAUCUCUAUUAGAUUAUCCUACAUUGAUCUAUCUCAACUCAAAUUUACCAGCAGAUUUACAAAGAGAAUGGAGAUUAUUAUUCAGUAAUUAUUUAUAUGGGGAUAGUUUUGUCCAGUUAGUAGGUCGUAUUCUCUCACAAGGUCCAACUGUUGUUAUGGUAAAAGAUAAAAAUGGUCAUGUAUUUGGGGGUUUUGCCAGUGAAAAUUGGAAGAAAAAUUCUAAUUUUUAUGGAGAUGGUAAAUGUUUUUUAUUUCAAUUAAAACCAUUCUUAUCAACAUAUACACCAACUGGUUAUAAUAAUCAUUUUCAAUAUUUUAAUCAACAUGUACAUACUUUACCUAAUGGACUGGGAUUUGGAGGUCAGUUAGAAUAUUUCGGUUUGUGGAUAGAUCAGAGUUUUUCUAAUGGUCAUAGUAAAGCAGGACCAAGAUGUACAACUUAUGGCAGUCCACAGCUAUCUAAAGCAGCAGAAUUUGAAGUAGAUACUAUAGAAGUAUGGGGUGUGGGACCUGAACCUAAUAUUGAUGAUGAAGAUUUUGAAGGAAUGACUGAAGAGGAGAUUAAAUCUAGAAGGAGUAUAUUAGAUAAAGACCCUGGUGCUAAAGCAAUGUUAACAUUAAUUGGUAAAACACCACAUAGUGAAGGUUUAAGAGAAGGUGAUGAACUAGCUAAUAGUCCAGAAGAAACAACUAGUACUGUUAUAUCAUUAUUCUAA